AUGCUGGAUGUCGUCGCACCAUCAUUUUUUCCGACCCCAAUCGAAUUUGCUGCCGGCAUUCGCUGGGUCAAGGAGCAUCCUGUCGUUGCUACAGCUGCUGUCACUGCUGUGAGUGUAAUCACGUACCUCAUGACAGCAGCAGAGGGCGAGCGCAAAUUAACAAUAGCAUACCUCCAUCCCGAGAAGAAUCCACUAGAUGAUCAGUCUAGCAGUACCGAGAGCGAUUCGUCCAGUUUGUCCAGAAACCACACUUUAAGUCUUCGCAACCUCAGUUUAGGCGAAUUUGAUGCUGACGUAGCAGAGGAGGAUUCAAACGAGCAAAAAUGUCAUGCUCAAGAUGUUCAAAAUCAAGCAGAUUGGGAAUCGAAGUCUCCACAGUGGGGAUGGUAUGUCUCCACGACACCGCCAGAAGAAUAUCACCAAUAA